AUGCCAAUCAGGUGGAGACCCUCUAAACCUAUUCGAACGUUCAUUGAUGAACACGACUAUACAUAUUUUAAAGACAGGAAUCGUUAUUGUGAACGCAGAGUCUUUAAUGAUAAGGGCCGAUUUAGCGAUCAAAUACCUAAAGACAACGAGCGCGAGAUAUAUGACGUUGAGGGGACCUUAGAGGUUCAAAGGCAACUCUUAUCCAAGCUAGCCGCGGUUGAAAAUCAAGUGACUGGAGAAUCUGAAAACAGUGUGCACCGAAGGCGUAUUGAGGCUCUUAAAGCAGACACGGUUCAAGCGUUACAAAAGACUUGGAAUCAAAGUAGUCGGUCUACUGCCUAUCGAAAAUCACUUUAUUUGAUGCGUUGA